GGAAUGUUCACAGCAUAUCAUGAACGAAGCACAGGUUGAUAUCUGGACUCUCAGGUCUUCCCUUUGCUAUUGACUACGAUUCUGGCAUCGAUAUGCGCCAAAGCUCGGACUCUCCGUUCAUCGGGAUCUUAUCAUCUUAGCCAAUGACAGGGUCCCGAAAUCAGAGCCGAAACUCGGCCGUCUAGACUCACACGAAGCCGAGACUGUGGAUCGGAUGAGCCCCGAGAUCGGGCGCGUUUUGGAUGUUCGUUCCCCGGAUUGGCAUUUUCCUGCUCACUCAAUACCGGUAUAUAUACCAUCGUACACCUUUCAUUCUUCUAUAUUCCAGGUUAUUCAUCAAGCAAAAUGUCGUCGUUUAAUAUCGUCACCUUCCCAGGCGACCAUUGCGGUCCAGAAGUCACAGCAGAAGCCGUCAAGGUCAUCAAAGCCGUCGAGAAGGCAAGACCAAGUCUCUCGUUCAAUAUCAAUGAGCAACUGCUCGGCGGGGCUUCAAUAAAUGCCCAUGGCGUCCCUCUCACCGACUCCGCCCUCGAAGCCGCAAAAAAAGCCGACGCCAUCUUCCUCGGCGCCAUCGGCGGUCCCGAAUGGGGUACCGGCCUCGUCCGGCCCGAACAAGGCAUCCUUGCCCUCCGCAAACAUCUCCAAACCUUCGGCAACCUCCGCCCCUGCUUCUUCGCCUCCGACUCCCUCCUCGCCAACUCCCCACUCAAAGAACACAUCGCCAAGGGCACCAAGUUCACCAUCCUCCGCGAGCUGACCGGCGGCAUCUACUUCGGCGACCGCAAGGAGGCCACCGAUGAGGACCCGACCGCCUAUGACAUCGAGCCAUACAGCAAGUCUGAGGUCCAGCGUAUCGCCCGCUUGGCUGCGUCCCUUGCCCUCGCGGAGGACCCGCCGGCGAAGGUGUGGAGUCUGGACAAGGCGAACGUGUUGGCGACGAGUCGGCUGUGGCGCAAGGUGGUGAGCGAGGUAUUCGCGGAGGAGUUUCCGCAGUUGGAGCUGGGGCAUCAGUUGAUCGACAGCGCGGCGAUGAUCAUGGUGAAGAAUCCGCGGUCGCUGAAUGGGAUCAUCGUCACGAGCAAUCUGUUCGGGGAUAUAAUUAGCGAUGAGGCAAGUGUGAUUCCGGGGAGCUUGGGGUUGUUGCCAAGUGCGAGUUUGAGUGGGAUUCCGGAUGGGAAAACGCCGUGCAAUGGCGUUUAUGAGCCGAUUCAUGGAUCCGCCCCGGACAUCUCGGGCAAGGGCAUCGUCAACCCCGUCGCGUCCAUCCUCUCGGUGUCGAUGAUGUUCAAAUACUCGCUCUGCCUUCCGGAAAUUGCCCAGGCGAUCGACGAUGCGGUCAAGAUCGUGAUCGAGAAGGGGAUCAACACCGGGGACAUUGGCGGAACGGCGAAGACCACCGAGGUUGGCGACGCGGUCGUAGAGGAGCUGCUUCGGAUUUUGAGCUAA